CACUAGUGAUAGUAGAAAGGAUCUGAACUGGAGAUGUCUUUUUCUGUAGUAGCAGCAGCUUUGGUGGUGGUUGCAGCAGCAGCUGCUUCCUUGUGGGCAUGGCGGAUCGUGAAGUAUGUCUGGAUAAGACCCAAGAUGCUGGAGAGUCACCUGAGAAGACAGGGACUCGCCGGAACUCCUUACACGCCUCUAGUCGGAGAUAUAAAGAGGAAUGUUGAUAUGAUGAUGGAGGCCAGAUCUAAGCCGAUCAAGCUAACGGAUGACGUCACUCCACGUCUCCUUCCUCUUGCCUUGAAGAUGUUCAACUCUCACGGAAGGAGUUUCUUUAUAUGGAUAGGACCAGUUCCAGCUAUCAUGAUUACCAAUCCAGAGCAGAUCAAGGAGGUCUUCAACAAGAUUUACGACUUUGAGAAAGCUGCUACGUUCCCUUUGUUCAGAUUGUUAGCAGGGGGGCUUGCGAGCUAUAAGGGAGAUAAAUGGGCUAAUCACAGGAGGAUCAUCAACCCUGCUUUUCACCUCGAGAAGAUCAAGAACAUGGUCCCUGCGUUCUACCAUUGUUGCAGCGAGGUUGUCUGCCAAUGGGAGAGGCUAGUUCUGGAUAAAGAAACGCCUUGUGAGGUCGAUGUAUGGCCUUGGCUUGUGAAUUUGACUGCAGAUGUGAUCUCACAUACUGCUUUUGGAAGCAGCUAUAAAGAAGGGCAGAGGAUAUUUCAGCUCCAAGGGGAGUUAGCUGAGCUCAUCGCACAAGCUUUUAAGAAAUCUUACAUCCCUGGACUGAGGUUUUACCCAACAAAGAGCAAUAGAAGGAUGAAAGCAAUAGACAGAGAGAUUAAUACAAUACUGAGAGGUAUUAUCAGCAAAAGAGAGAAGGCCAGAGAAGCUGGAGAGGCGGUGAACAACGAUUUGUUGGGGAUACUGCUUGAAUCAAACUCAGAGGAGUCUCAGAGAAAUGGAAUGAGCGUAGAGGAGGUGAUGAAAGAGUGCAAGCUGUUUUAUUUCGCGGGACAAGAGACAACUUCAGUACUUUUGGUCUGGACUAUGGUUUUAUUGAGCCAUCACCAAGACUGGCAAGUUAAGGCACGAGAGGAAGUGAUGCAAACACUCGGUGGUAAUAAUACUAAACCAGAUAUACACUCUCUUAGCAACCUUAAAGUGAUGACUAUGAUCUUCAAUGAGGUUUUGAGGCUAUAUCCUCCCGUAGCUCAGCUUAAAAGAGCUGUCAACAAAGAAAUGAAGCUAGGAGAGCUUACUCUUCCAGCUGGAGUUCAGGUUUAUAUACCAACUGCACUUGUGCAUCGUGACCCUGAGCUUUGGGGAGAUGAUGCAGUGGAGUUUAACCCCGAGCGGUUCAGAGACGGGCUCUCAAAGGCAACGAAGAACCAGGUCUCCUUCUUCCCCUUUGGAUGGGGACCGAGGAUCUGCAUCGGUCAGAGUUUUGCUCUGUUGGAGGCAAAGAUGGCAUUGGCUUUGAUUCUGCAGAGAUUCUCCUUUGAACUUUCUCCUUCUUAUGUUCAUGCGCCUCAAACAGUCAUGACCACUCGUCCUCAGUUCGGAGCUCAUCUUAUUCUCCACAAGCUUUGAUUUUCGUGUUUUCAUCAAGUGUCUCUGUGUAUAAAAGUCUGUAACAAAAGCAAAUCUUAGAAAGACUUGUUUAGUCUCUAAGGGAUAUGUCUUCUUCAGUCAAA